CCACGCAACGCAAGAGAGAGACUGCACAGAGAGAGAGAGAGAGAGAGAGAGAGAGAGAGAAAGAGAGGGAGAGGCCGACGCACCAGCACCACCGGCCACCAGUGAUCCGGCCAAGCUAUCGAGGAAGGACGUAGACGUACGGGGAGGAGAUGGCCGCCUCUGGGUCUAGGAACAACAGGUUCGGCAUUACGUGCGCUCGCCUGCGGCAGUUCAUGAUGGAGCAGAACCACAGGCAGCUGCGGAUGGGUGACCUCGUCGUCGGGUCCUCCUCGUUCCAGAGGCCACUGCAACUGACCCCGGUCCCUGUAGCGACGGGGCCGGCGGGUUCCUGGGACACCGGCGCUACGACCUUGUCGCUGUUCCCCGCCGGCACUGGCACGGAGGUCAUCAGGCCAGAGGAGACCAAGGCCACCCUGACCAUCUUCUACAAGGGACAGGUGGCCACGUUCCACAACUUCCCGGCAGACAGAGCCAAGGACCUCCUGCAGAUGGCAGGUUCUGUGACCGGGAAGGCGCCGGAGAAGGGGUUCUUGCAGAUGGCAGAUUCUGUGACCGGGAAGGCGCCGGAGAAAGGGGUGAUGAUGACCGCCGUGCCAGGAAAGGCGGAGACCAGCGAUGAGCCAGCGGAUGCAGGGGCAGGCAUGCCGCCCAUCGCAAGGAAGCUGACGCUACAGAGGUUCCUUAGGAAGAGGAAGAACAGGAUCGCCGGCACUGACGACGACGGUGACCACAAUGAGGAUGCUUUGCCGUGGAAGAAGAGAGACUCCGCUGGCACCGGCAACAACCCCGCGGAAGACGCGCCUGAUGAUGCCUCGUGGCUCAGGCUCUGAAACCCUUCCCCCCGUUGGGAAGGAGUGCUGGCAUGCAUGCCAUAUAUACAUCUCCAUUAUGAUAAUACAAUAAUAAUCCCGUGCCUGUCCCAGAAUUCUUAGGAUCACCUCCUAAGAAUUCUUGGCCCUGUUUUGAAGAGUUGUAGUUUUUCUAAAAGCACCUCCAGGAAAGCUCUAAGAUGGUUUUUCUGUUUUUUUAGUAUAAAGUGCAGCUUUUGGAGUUUAACUGCUGCCAGGGCCAUAACUUUUGCAUCUCUGUCAAUGCUUUUGUGUGCUAUAUAAUAAUGAACAAGGACCGGUUAUGGAGACUAAUAAUAAUGUGGCAUCAUGCAGUUAUAUAUCCA